CCUUCCCAGCAGCCCCCGCGGUGGAAACGUCAGGGGCGCCCUUCAGUGCGGACGAAGGAUGGCGUCCGCUACCCGUUUCAUCCAGCGACUGCGGAAUUGGGCGUCCGGGCAAGAUCUGCAGGCGAAGCUGCAACUGCGCUACCAGGAGAUCUCCAAGCGAACUCAGCCUCCUCCUAAGCUCCCUGUGGGCCCCAGCCACAAGCUCUUCAACAAUUACUACUGCACGCGAGACGGUCGUCGGGAAGCUGUGCCCCCGUCUGUCGUUAUGUCCUCCCAGAAGGCACUGGUGUCCGGCAAGCCAGCAGAGAGCUCAGCUGUCACAGCCACUGAGAAGAAGGCGGUGACGCCAGCUCCUCCCAUAAAGAAGUGGGAACUGUCCAAGGACCAGCCUUACUUGUGACUCUGCCCUGGGGCCCCUGGCUGUGCCCUCGGGGCCUCCUGACUGCUUUGCCUCCUUGAAUUCCCUCCAGGGAGAAUGUGACCUUAUUUAUGACAAAUACAUGGCGUUCCGGCGUCUCCUGGA